GAUUUGAAAUUAGUAUAAAUACACAAAAAUGUAUACUUUGAAUAUGCUAUUCAACAUGCAUCUUUUGGUCUCAACUAUUAUUUUAUUAGGGCUGACUAACAUCAGCGUUAGGGGUGAUUUAGUAGCAGUUGUGCAGAUAUUUAGGCAUGGACAUCGAACGCCUGUAUCAACGUUCUCAACAGAUCCAUAUGCUGACUCAUCCUAUUGGGACUAUUUGGAUGAAGGACAAUUAACGAAUAUAGGAAAGCGUCAACACUAUGAGCUAGGACAGUACACUAGGAAGAGAUAUAAGAACUUUUUACCUACCAAAUACAACAGCACAUUAUUCUACGUAGAAACUACGGAUGUAGAUAGAACUCAUAUGUCAGCUCAAACCAAUGUCUAUGGUAUGUUUCCUGCAACAGGUACUCAAAUAUGGCGAAAAGGAAUCAAUUGGCAAGCAAUUCCUAUUCAUCCAGCUAAUUCUAGUAUCUUUGCAACCAACUUCUAUCCAACUGAGUGUGCUGCCUAUACACCUCUACUAACAGCCGCACUGAACGGUGAAGAAUACGAGGAAUUGAAUGAUGAAUACUCUAGUUUAUUCGAGUAUUUAACAGAAUACAGUGGAGACAAUAUUUCUGACUUCACCGAUGUUAAUUCUAUAUGGGACAGUUUAAAAGCAGAGGAUACCGCUAGCUUCAGACUUCCUAGUUGGACUGAUGCUGUUUAUCCAGAACCCUUACGUACAUUAGAGGGAAAAAUAUUUGAAGUAUACACACAUACCACACAAAUGAAGAGAUUCGUUUCUGGACUUUUCCUUAAUGAAGUUGUAGAAUAUUUAGAGAGCAUGGCAAACGAUUCAACAUCUGCAGAAACAUACAGAAUCUACAGUGGACACGACACAAAUAUAGCCGCAACCCUUAAUUGCUUUGGAGUUUUUGAUCCCCCAUUUCCUCCAGCGUAUGCGAGCACUAUAUACAUAGAACUUCACUACGAAAAUUGGCAGUACCUUGUUAGAGUUUUCACUAAAGACGGAGAUACACUUACCCAAAUUAGUGUGAAUGGAUGUGAUGUGGACUGUCCUAUUGCCGAUUUCAGAGAAUAUUUGAGUGAUAUAAUUUUAGAUUCAGAUACUUGGAUUUCGGAAUGUAAUGAUACAAGUACUAGUAGCAAAGUUUUGUCUGUUGGACAGUAUACAGAUGAGAUAGUUACGAGUAAAUGGGGUGGAAAAAGUAAUUAAGUGGAUUUGUAUACUUUGGUUAAAGUCUACGACGAUUAUCAGCUCCCACGAAUGAUAUUGAUGUGAUUGUUGUCAACAUAAUAAAACCUCGUAGUAAUAUACUACUUAUUUUUAUAUUCUGUCAAUCGAUAAUAAACUCAAUCAUUAUAUCUA